CGGAAGUGGCGCAGCGGCAGGGCGGGGCUCUCGGCCGGGUCCAGCUGCUGAGGCUCCGCGCUCGGGUUACCCCUGCAGCGACGCCCCCUGGUCCCCACCGCUCCCGCUGCUGCUCCCGCCCCUCCGCUCCUCGGCCGCGCCAUGGGCACCCGCGACGACGAGUACGACUACCUCUUCAAAGUUGUCCUUAUUGGAGAUUCUGGUGUUGGAAAGAGUAAUCUCCUGUCCCGAUUUACUCGAAAUGAGUUUAACCUGGAGAGCAAGAGUACCAUUGGAGUAGAGUUUGCAACAAGAAGCAUCCAGGUGGAUGGGAAAACAAUAAAGGCACAGAUAUGGGACACGGCAGGACAAGAGCGAUACCGAGCUAUAACAUCAGCAUACUAUCGUGGAGCUGUAGGUGCCUUACUGGUCUAUGACAUUGCUAAACAUCUCACAUAUGAAAAUGUAGAACGAUGGCUGAAAGAACUGAGAGACCAUGCAGAUAGUAACAUUGUUAUCAUGCUGGUGGGCAAUAAGAGUGAUUUACGUCAUCUCAGGGCGGUUCCCACAGAUGAAGCGAGAGCUUUUGCAGAAAAGAAUGGUUUGUCAUUCAUUGAGACAUCAGCUCUAGACUCAACAAAUGUAGAAGCUGCUUUUCAGACAAUUUUAACAGAGAUAUACCGCAUUGUGUCUCAGAAGCAAAUGUCAGACAGACGUGAAAAUGACAUGUCUCCAAGCAACAAUGUGGUUCCUAUUCAUGUUCCACCAACCACUGAAAAUAAGCCAAAGGUGCAGUGCUGUCAGAACAUCUAAGGCGUUUCUCUCCUCCCCUAGAAGGCUGUGUAUAGUCCAUUUCCCAGGUCUGAGAUUUAAAUAUAUUUGUAAUUCCUGUGGCCACUUUUGUGUUUUAUUACUUUACUUCCUCAUACUUAUUAAUUCUUCCAUGUCUUAAGUCCUUUGAUUUUAGAUUUAUAAAAUCAUCCACUUUGUGCCGAAUGACUGCAGUUUUUUUUUUUCUCCAUGCUAUGGCUUCACUGGCCUUAGUUUAAUAAACUGAAUGUUUGAAUUCCUCAGUUAUUGUUUACUUUUCAUCAUGAAAGCCUGUCUUUGUAGGACAUAGUUCAACUUUCUCACUUGAAGCUCAGACCCAUUGGUCUUGAUCUAAUCCAAUGAAGACCUUAGAAGUAAGCUAUUAUUUUGCCACAGAGCCGCUUAGAAGUAGUACACUCUUCUCUCAGUGCAGCGUAUAUUUCGACAAAUCUAAGAGUUGCCCUAUAAACAUAGCAGGAUUUUGUGAAAAUUUUCCAUUAUUCUGGAAGUCAAUUUCUAAAAUGCCUUAAUAGGUUUAUGUAGUUUAGUACAUUUUGGUUUAAUUUUUGUAAGUGUCAUAAUUGAUGAGAAAGGAGGGCACUUUUUUGUGGACAGGGAUUAUCCUAAUAAACACAAAAGAUUGUUAACAGUUUGGAUUACGUUAUGAUUUGGGCGCUGUAAGUUGAACAGUGCUGCCUGGCAGGCUAGGAACUAGAGAGACUGGUAGAAAGCCUUCUGAAGUGCCUCUGCUGCAGUGAUUGAGCAGCCCAAGUCAUUGAACUGAUCUCAUUUCCCAGCAGUAGAUUAUGUGGCAUUUUAUUGCCCAGGCAAUAACUGGUUUAAUGUUGGUAAUAUCAAAUUUUGAAAUACUAAUUUUGUUUAAAAACCUUCAAGUAAGUGAAAUACAACCUAGUUUUAUCACCAUAUUCACCAGCAGGCACGGGUGAUUAUUUUAGCAAUGCUAAUAUUUGAGUUUUGCAGUGUAUAAUGGAAUAUAGUCCAGUUAAAUCUUUGGUUUUAGUAUGUCUAAAGGAUACAGUGAGAAGUUAAUUUAUGCUCAAGUGGUACCGUUUAAAGGCAUGUAUUCUUUAGUAUGUAAAAUGAAAUAGUACCUUGAUUUUAAAUAGAAUGCACUUAGGCAUUAAUAGAGACCUGAAGUCAUUUUUUUCCUACUACGUUACUGGAAUCCGCAGAGCAACUAGUUUCUCAUUCAGAAAUGUGCACACUAAUACUUAGUUUUAUUUCCUUAUGUGGAUAAGAUUAAGCGCUUCUCUGCAGUUUUCUGAAAGUUGUCAACUGCAGUGGUAACUUCAGGAUGAUGGAUAUCUAAAAAAAUAUAUGUGUGGGCUUGCAUAGAUUCACUAUGUUUCAUAGUUAAUCUUCUGUGCUUUGCGGUGCUCAUGAUGUGUGGGGUGCACGGAAGGCAUUGCUGUAGUCAGUCAUUUCCUAUGUAGCCAUUUUAUUGUUUUAGUGUACUGGUUAUAAAGAUACUAUUAUCUAUUUGUAAAUUGCUACUUUGUAUUUUAUGCAUGCUCUGUAACUUAAUUUUUUUUUUUUUUUUGAUUUGGAAUAUAUCUCAUUCUAAUAAACAGUUAUAGGGGG